AUGCCCUCAGCUAACACUUUCGCGGAUAUUUUUAAGACUGCAUUGGCUCCAGUUCUAAGCCAGCUAAGCAGCCUAAACAACAACGUCACCACUGUGCUCCAGAGCGGGCACGAAGAAUCAGAUGAGGACGGUGAAACCGCCUCUGUUGACGAGCCCGCCAAUUCUGGGGACAUGGAUGCAGAUGUCUCUGCGCUCCUCGCGGCUGCGGGAACAGAUCAAAACAACGAGGCUAUGCCGGGUGACGAACUUCUAAAAGAACUCGCACAGGACCUGACAGUCAGCGAGAAGACCUCCCCACCCCUUCGCGAAGGGCUGGCGGCCAUCUUCAACAAUCUCUUAUCAGAAAAGAUGGGGGAGGAGAAACUAAAGGCAAAGCUAGACAAAUACCCCGUCCAGAGAACGUACAGGGUUUGCGCACACCCAAAGUAAACCCUUCGAUUUGGAGCCAGCUCUCCACUGCCCUGAAAGCACAGGAUGUCCGAUCGCAGAAAGGACAAAGCACCCUUAUCGGCGCAAUAACAGCCAUGACAAAGGCCGCCGAUUUGGCUCUGGGAAAAUACAGCCAAGAUAAGGAGCUGAUCACCUUGUUGACUGAUUCCGUUGCAAUGGCACUUCAGUACAACCAUGAGGUUAAUCACUCCCGACGCCUGGCCAUGAAAAAAGAGAUGCAUAAAGACUAUGCAGCCCUUUGUAAUGUGUCCACUGUGGAUGGCUCAUCAGAGUUCCUUUUUGGCGACCUGACAAAGCUAGCAAAA